UCAGAUAUAAAGGCUUGCUCGUCCGUCGUUUUCGCACCAUUCCUUCAACCUUCCCUUUUAUCUCUCAUCCCUCCCAACGUACGUCCGCAGCACACAGCUAUGGGUGACCAGCCGCCUUACUACUACAAUCAAGGACAACAGCCUUCCCAAGAUAAAGGCUAUCCACCUCCACAGCAAGGCGGAGCGUAUCCCCCUUACCAACAAUACGGCGCACCAAAUCAACCCCCCUAUCCUAGUCCAAGCUACCCAGGCCAACAACCUCCGGGAGGAGGUUACCCUCAGCAAGGUGGUUAUCCAAACGCUCAAGGUGGCUACUAUGCUCAGCCAGGACCUUCGGUUGUUAUCGCUCAGCCUCCUCCGCAAAAGAAAGAUAAUUCACUUUGCUAUGGAUGUGCCCUUGGAGCUUGUCUCUGCUGCUGCCUCGACUGCCUAACGUAAAUAUUUCAUAUAUAGCUCAUUUAGUGGACCUUGGGAGAAAUCGGGCAGGAAUCUAGCUUUGGGUUGGUGGGCUUCUGACACAUUGUAUUGUACAAUCUUUCUGUUGUUUUUUUUUGUCUUCAUUGUGUGUUGGCGUUCUCUUAACAUAUGGAUUUGACUGGAGAACGUUCAUUUGUCAUUGUUUUCUCGAGAUAUUCCUAUAUGUCAAAGAAACUGUGCGCUAUCAUAUCACUA